AAAAUGUUCAGCUGUUGAUUGGCAGCUUUCUUCCUGUGAACUGCUGCCUGUGUCCUCGUGCUAGAAAACUAGAGUUCCAUGACCUACACGUGCUUUGGUGCUCUGCUUCCCAAGAGCAGUCAUGUAUUAGUUAUUUUCGACGAUUCGUCUUGUUCCAGAGGAGUUACUUCACUGGUAUUCUGGAAUACAAGGUGCUCAAUGAAUCGGGAGCCCCCAUGAAUGAAUCAGCCAGCUCUUGCCAACAGAUGGCCAAAAACUGCACCACACAUGUAGCAGGGAUGGCACAAGAGGACAGGGGUCAAGUGCCACCCACUUUCUAUCAUGGUGCCAGCCAGGAACUUGACUUGUCCACCAAAGUGUACAAAAGGGAGUCUGGCAGUCCUUACUCUGUACUGGUGGACCCAAAAACAAGUAAGCCACAUCUCCAUGAAAAAGAGGAGCAGCCAUAUUUCAGGGAGGACAGAACAGUAGGAGAGGUCCAAGCUGUGAAAGAAGACAGGGAGAACUCUGACGACUUGCAGGAGGAGGACGAGGAGGAAGAUGAAGUGACUUACAAAAGGGAGCAGAUAAUAGUAGAGGUAAACCUCAACAACCAAACAUUAAAUGUAUCAAAAGGGGAGAAGGGGGUCCCCUCCCAAUCCAAAGAAACUGCUGUUCUUAAGACCAGCAGUGAGGAAGAGGAGGGUGACAGUGGGGAGGAAGAGGCCACUGAAGACAGUAAUGAGGAGGAGGAGAAUGAGAGGCAGAAGAAAAAAGAGCAAAGAGAGGAGAAAGAUAGUGUUGCACAAAGGAGGACAAGGAGAGCUGCAUCUGCUGCAGCCACCACAACUUCCCCUACUUCCAGAACUACAAGGGGCCGUAGAAAGAGCAUUGAGCCCCCCAAGCGUAAGAAGAAAGCUGCAAAGGAGCCCAAGGCACCUGUGCAGAAAUCAAAGUGUGAAGAAAAGGAGACUUUGACCUGUGAGAAGUGCCCCAGAGUGUUUAACACACGCUGGUAUCUGGAGAAGCACAUGAACGUCACUCACAGGCGCAUGCAGAUCUGCGACAAGUGUGGGAAGAAAUUUGUGCUAGAAAGUGAGCUCUCCCUUCACCAGCAAACAGACUGUGAAAAAAUCAUUCAGUGUGUUUCCUGUAAUAAAUCAUUCAAGAAGCUAUGGUCCCUUCAUGAGCAUAUCAAGAUUGUCCAUGGAUAUGCAGAGAAAAAAUUCUCCUGUGAAAUAUGUGAGAAGAAGUUCUACACCAUGGCCCACGUGCGAAAGCACAUGGUUGCACAUACUAAGGACAUGCCAUUUACAUGUGAAACCUGUGGAAAAUCCUUCAAACGCAGUAUGUCACUGAAAGUUCAUUCCCUGCAGCAUUCUGGAGAAAAGCCUUUCCGGUGUGAGAACUGUGAUGAAAGGUUUCAGUACAAAUACCAGCUCCGUUCCCACAUGAGCAUCCACAUUGGACACAAGCAGUUUAUGUGCCAGUGGUGUGGUAAAGACUUCAACAUGAAACAGUACUUUGACGAGCACAUGAAAACCCACACUGGAGAAAAGCCUUUUAUCUGUGAAAUCUGUGGCAAGAGUUUCACCAGUCGCCCGAACAUGAAGAGACACCGCAGAACACACACAGGAGAGAAGCCAUAUCCAUGCGAUGUAUGCGGCCAGCGAUUCCGCUUUUCCAACAUGCUAAAGGCCCACAAGGAGAAGUGCUUCCGUGUUACCAGUCCUGUCAACGUGCCACCUGCUGUCCAGCUCCCACUUGCCACCACUUCUCCUGCUCCCACAGUACCUUCCAUUGUGAAUACUUCAAAUGCCCCUGCUCCUCCUCUGCCGGUCAAUAUGAACCCUGUGAGCACGCUUCCUCCCCGGCCCAUUGGCCAUCCGUAUUCUCACCUGCACCUCCAUUCAAACCAUCCACAUCACCUCCCUGUCCCUGUUCCCCCUGUCCCACAUUUACCUCCACCUCCUGCUCUGUUUAAGAGUGAGCCUUUAAAUCAUAGGGGCCAAGGUGAGGACAGCUUUCUGCGACACCUGGCAGAAAAGAACAGUUCUGUACAGCACCACUAACUUGUUUCUCUUCUGCCUGCUAUUCUCUUGGUCUUGUGAACAGGGAAGUGUGCUCUGCCUGCCCAUCAAGAAAUCUUAUGGCGUCCUUUGCAGCCCCAAGAGAAAGAAGUUUGCAUUAAUCUUAACUGUUCAGCAAAAGAGGUUAUCAGACCCAGCGAACUGAUAGGACUGAAGCCUCCUUGGCUUGCACGUUUUAUUGUUCACUUUUAUAGAUUUCAAAAUGACUGAGACUUGUGGAAUUUUUUAUAAUUUCAUAUCAGCUGAUGAGGUAUGCUUGCUUUUAUAUCCUGGACUUUCUCCUCAAAGAGGGGAGGGGCCUGGUUUCCUUUGUACUAAUCAGAAAGACUGUGAGACUAAAUCCCAGAGCAUUAAUUAUCACUGUGUACCAUUAAUUUCUUUUCAGCUUUUGUUUGUCUAUGUGUGUGUGUGAGUGUGUAUGCAGGUGUGUGUGGUUGGAUGAGUGUGCUGGAGUGAGCCAGCCACAUGAUUGCAGAAUAUGAUGCAUUAUAGCAAACAGUAAAAAAACAACUUAAUCUCAUUUGAGUAGUUCUCCUAACACACUCUUUAUUUUAAUACAGAAAAAAUUAUUUUAGAGUUUUUGUAUAGACCUAUUUAGUAGCCUGUUUCUAAAAUGAAAUGUAUUUCAAAUAAGCGGUGUAAUUUUUUUCAGUGUAGCUGGACCUAUGUUGUUAUAAUAGAUAAUUUUUUAUAAUCAUUCAAAUUGUGAUUCUUUAAGGAAAAAACAUGAAUAGUAAAAAAAAUUAAUCCUAUAUCUGUACAACUCUAAAAAGGUGCUUUGAAGGGGAGAGAAACAAAGUCAAGAAGUCUCUGGUAAGGCUGCCUCAGAAGUGGAGAUAAUUUCAGAAUUUUAUAUAACUUAUUUGUAGCGGGGCGGGGGACGUAACAGUGUCUUUCAGUGUCACUCGGGGGGUCAUUAGGUAAGUAACAUUAAACUGCUGUAUUUCCACAAACAGUUUUCACUUGGCUCUGCUGGGCUGAAGUGUGAAAUGUUUCAGAAAGUGUAUACUCUAGUGCAGUGGUUCCCAAUAUUCUGGGACUAAAAUUCCUAGAAGCCUUCACACUAAUUGUGCUGGCCAGGAUUUCUAGGAGAUGUAGUCCAAGAAUAUCUGAGUACCCAAGGUUGGGAAGCAUUUCUCUAGUGUAUGAAAAAUCUGGAAACUUGCAAGAGAGAGCAAGAGAGACCUAACCCCAAGUGGCAUAUUCAGAUUAAUAUGCUGUCAUUUCUUUGGCAUAUUCUAGGACCUAGAUCAUUAUAUAGAAGUGUGUAUAAGGUAUGAUUUAAUUUGGGAAUCAUAUUUGGUGCUGCUUGUUUUUCUUGAGUUCAUUGGGUAAUAAAUAGGGAAUCACAAAUAGGAUGUUGUUUGGCUGGAAUUAUAAAAAAUGAAAAUAAACCUGAAUGUGGGGGCUCUGGUGGGAAAAGUGUCAUGUUGCCUGAAAAAAUGUUUAUCUCAGAGCAUGUGCACACACUGAAGCUGUGUCCUGUAUAGAGAAUAAUCCUUAUAAUAUGGUAUUAGGAUAGCUUUCAGUUUGACUUCAGGUUUCACAGGUAAAUGGAAAAGAGAUGUUUGAAUGUUGAGCAAGUUAUUUGUUGUGUUUUCUCAGUCUCCAGUGGCACUAAGUUGUGGCGAACUAGUUAGAAUGCAGAGAGCUACAGUUCUUAUUCAGAAGUAAUUAAUGGAAAUUGAAAUACAGCACCGUUUAAGCAGCUGAAAAAGCUGUUGGCACCUUGAGGAGGAGGCAGAGAUAUCCUUAUGGUUAGCGAGAUUAAAUUUUCUUGAACUGAAUUCCACCACCCAAAGACCACCAUGCUUAUCUUUAGCAUGUCAUUCUCAUUUUAAAGGACUAAGUACAUGGUAUAUCUAUUUCAAGGAGGGAUAUUAUAUCAGAAAAAUGGAAAGCCCUCAUCAUUGAAACUCUGAGGUUGAUUAUAUGUCUAACAACAGUUAACGUUGCAAAAAAGUAGUUUUGAGCCUUUUUGAUAUCUGUUCAUAUGUGAAUGAAAACGUCUUUAACACCACUCUUUUUCUCUUUUUUUAAAAGGAUAAGUAUUUUAAAACAUAACAUUUAUCUGUUCCUUCUCUUUUGUAGGUAGUAAAGCUAGCUAUAAAAGUGAAUCAUUAAUGCUUAACGGUUCGCCAUCUUGUACUACUCUGGAUGGUUUCAUACAUUCCAUGUCAUGUUCUCAAACCCACAAUUUUGUGUAGACAUUCUGCAGGCCAACAAACUGGCUUGUUAAAAAUCUACUUUUAUAAAUUUAAAUAAGAAACAUCUUGGUAAACCAGUUGUAAUCCAGUUUUCGCAAAAAUGUUUUUUUCAAUAAAUUUACAGUAUUUGGCUGCUAUUUAUGAAUCCUA